GAAACAUUUAAGACGCGCUUCCUAAACAGGGUUCUUGAGCUACACAAAAAAGAUUCCUUUUUGUUUUCCGUAACGGCGUUGAUUUGUUUAGUACAAAGGGAGGCGAGUAAACCGGUUUAGCGGGAAAGCAAGAAGAGAUUACAGUUACAGAGAAAGGAUUAGUGAUUUCGUUACGUUACGGUUCAGAUCUCGUGGAAAGACUUUUCUACAACAAUUAAAUUCGCAUUUAGGACACACUUUAAUCUGGAUUUGAUUUCAAGCUUGGUCGUUGAUUGAAGACAGAAGAAGAAAGAAGAGUGUGAGUAGUGAUUGAGAGAAGAAGAUUUAAUCAAGAUUCGAUUUGGAUUCGGUUGGUUAAAUAAGAGAGCUAAUGACGAUAGGAGAGCAUAUGUACGGAGAGCUGUGGAAGUUAUGUGCGGGACCUGUGGUGGAUGUUCCUCAAGCUGGGGAGAGAGUGUUUUACUUUCCUCAAGGUCACAUGGAACAAUUGGAAGCGUCAACGCAACAGGAUUUGAAUGCGGUGAAACCUACGAAACCGUUAUUCGAUCUUCCUCCAAAGAUUCUUUGCAGAGUUAUGAACGUUCGUCUUCAGGCGGAGAAAGAUACGGAUGAGGUGUAUGCUCAGAUUAUGUUGAUGCCUGAAGGAACAGUUGAUGAACCUAUGAGUCCUGAUUCUCCUCCUCCCGAGUCUCAAAGGCCCAAAGUUCACUCUUUCAGCAAGGUCUUGACUGCGUCUGAUACAAGCACGCAUGGUGGGUUUUCUGUCCUUAGGAAACAUGCUACAGAGUGCCUUCCCCCACUGGAUAUGACCCAGCAAACCCCAACCCAGGAGUUAGUAGCCGAAGAUGUGCACGGUUAUCAGUGGAAAUUCAAGCAUAUUUUUAGAGGUCAACCAAGGAGGCAUCUUUUGACCACAGGGUGGAGCACCUUUGUUACAGCAAAGAGAUUGGUAGCUGGGGACACCUUUGUGUUCCUUAGAGGAGAGAAUGGAGAGUUACGGGUUGGAAUCAGACGUGCUAAUCGUCAACAAACCAAUAUGCCAUCAUCCGUCAUAUCAAGUCAUAGCAUGCAUCUGGGAGUGCUUGCUACUGCAUGUCAUGCUACUCAAACCAGAUCAAUGUUCACCGUUUACUACAAACCAAGGACAAGUCAAUUCAUCAUUAGCUUGAACAAAUACCUGGAAGCCAUGAACAAUAAGUUCUCUGUAGGGAUGAGAUUUAAGAUGAGGUUUGAGGGAGAGGAUUCCCCUGAAAGAAGAUUUUCCGGCACGGUUGUUGGUGUUAAAGACUGCUCUACUCACUGGAAAGACUCAAAAUGGCGAUGCCUAGAAGUUCAUUGGGAUGAACCUGCAUCGAUUUCAAGACCCGACAAAGUUUCACCAUGGGAGAUCGAGCCGUUUGUAACUUCAGAGAAUGUUCCUCACCCAGUUAUGCCAAAGAAAAGACCCCGUCAUGUUACUGAAGUAUCUGCACUUGAUGUAGGAAGAACAGCUCCAAACCUUUGGAGUCCUGCAUUGACUCAAUCCCAUGAGUUCGCACAAUCUUGCAUCACCUCACAGAGGAAUUCUCCUCAGCAAUGUUAUCGUGAGGAUGCUGCUAAGAAAUCUGAUUGGCCGAUCAGUCCUUACUCUGCUGCCUCCAAUGUCUCAAAAGCUUCAACACUUAACGACCAAAUGGUUUUCCCAGUGGAGCAGAAGAAACCAGAGACCACAACCGCUAGUUAUAGAUUAUUUGGAAUUGAUUUAUUCAGUCCCUCUAUACCGGCUUUUGAGGAGAAAACUGCACCCAUGCAACCAAUGAGCUUAACUCCAGACAGCAACUCAGACCCAAAAUCCGAGGUUUCAAAAUUAUCAGAGGAGAAAAAGCAGGAGCCUGCACAAGCAUCAUCAAAAGAGGUCCAAAGCAAGCAAAUCAGCUCUACAAGAAGCCGUACCAAGGUGCAAAUGCAAGGCGUACCGGUGGGCAGGGCUGUGGAUUUAACAGCACUAAAUGGAUACAGUGAGCUUAUAGACGACCUUGAGAAGCUGUUUUCCAUAGAAGGCGAGCUGAAGAGUCGGAAUCAAUGGGAGAUAGUGUUCACAGACGAUGAGGGAGAUAUGAUGCUUGUCGGUGAUGACCCAUGGCCUGAGUUCUGCAACAUGGUGAAGAGAAUAUUCAUAUGGUCAAAAGAGGAAGUGAAGAAGAUGACUCCCGGGAACCAACUCAGGAUACUGUUAACGGAAGUUGACACAACAUUAACAACAACAGUCUCCAAAACUGAGAAACAUUCCAACUAAGUUCUCUACACUCUCUGUCUCCUUAUUUGCUUUGUCUUGCUCUGUCUGUGAGGGAGAUCAAAAAGAGACCACGUCUCGUCGCAAGAAAAGUAAAAAGGUAUUGAAAAAAUGGCUCGUUUUUUUUGGGGAGCUUCUUGUGGAGAAAGAGGGUUUGUGGGGAGAGAGGGUUUUCUUCUAUGGGUAGGCUUCUGUAAGUUUAAUUAUUUUUGUGUGUGUAAGAUAUGCGAAGAUGUAACGAACAGAGGAGAAGAAAAAUAAAGAUUGCGAAUUAUGUAAGCCUUCUUUUCCUUUUAUGCUUCUUAGUUUUGUUGUCUUUUAACUUUUCAUGCAAGUGUCAAAACAGUCAAUGUACAUAUAUGUUGUCAAAACAAAACUUCCAGCACGUUUUCUC